CUGCCAGCUCAAAGGCAUCAGCUUCGCAACUAUGCCUGCCACAACCACCUCCACAGGCAGAAAGCUGGAUCUCUCCAAGCUAACAGAUGAGGAGGCCAAGCAUGUCUGGGAAGUGGUCCAGAGAGAUUUUGACCUGAGGAAGAAGGAGGAGGACAGACUUGGGGAGUUAAAGACCAAGAUUGAAAAAGAAGACACCAAGAGGGAGUUGCUGGGCAACCAGACCAGCAUGGCCGAGUCGCACUGUAUUCGAUGUCUGCAGCCCUUCAAGUUCCUGGUCAACAGCAAGCGUCAGUGUCUGGACUGCCAGCUCUUCAUCUGCAAGUCCUGCAGUCUGUACAACAAGAAGGAGCUCGGCUGGGUGUGUGAUCCCUGUCGCAUGGCCAGGGUCCUCAAGAUCGGCACUCUGGAGUGGUACCACGAAAACGUCCGUGCCCGCUUCAAGCGCUUCGGCAGUGCCAAGGUGAUGCGAUCGCUCUUCAGGAGGCUGAGCGGGGAACGCAGUUGCUCUCAGAAUGACCUCGAAGAGCCUAAUGAAUAUGAUACACAGAGCAUACCGGAGGUCCACACAGAUGGAUAUGAGGAGCACAGUAUGGACGCAACAGAUUCCCAACAAUACAAGGGGAUGAAAAAGACCAAAAGGCGGUUAACUGUCGAUCCCUUUGAUUUCGAACUGGGCUGCGACUACUUGAUGGAAUCGAGAGAACAGCAGAAUCAGGCGCCCGUCUCCCAACACAUCAUGGACAUGAAUGUAGGUGGGAGGGAGUCGAUGCUUGCUGAGGCUGAUAUGGCCUCUGUUUUCCACCAGAUUUUCAAGGAGCAACGCAAAGGUCUGGACCUGGGAAUGGCUCCACAGCAAGACGAACUUGUGUACCCAGACAGCCAAACUAUUCCGUCUCGCUCCAUCUCCCGGCUCAGCUACUCGUCCUGUGGCAGUGGAAGUGCCUGGUGCCCCCAGGGCGGCAGCAGCUAUCUGCCCGGCCCUGAGGACUCCGAGGAGGACGACCGCUUCCAGCUGUACCCUCUCUACCAGUCUCAUCUGGGCCCCCGCAGCCACACCUCUCAGGAGAGCCUGACCUCACCCAACCCCCCACCGCAGAUCACUGACCUGAACAGACGUGUGUCAGCCAUUGAGACCCUCUUGAACCACUUGGAGCAGAAUGUCGCUUCAGCAUACCAUGAGACCAGCCAGGCUCCUCCGACUCCAAACAGCACCUCUCCUCUUCCUCAGUGUGAGGAAGUGGACUUAGAGGAGCAGCAACUGAGACAGAAGCUGCACGAGAUGACCGACAACAUCAGUGACCACGGCCUAACCUCUGACGAGGACGAACCCAGCAGGCCACACUCCUCCCAAGACAUCCCAUCAUGGAGGAGCCCAGAGGGGGAUGCCAAGCCCACCAGAAUACCCACCAGACCCACAUCCAGGACAAGCAUCAUUCUCUGCAGACUUGAGGAGGAACAGCCUCAGCUGACUGAGUCUCAGAAGACGAACCACUCAUCAGACAGCCUGGAGAGGAAGUGGCACCCCCUAGAGGAGGGGUCAAAGGCAGGCUUCAAAGGCUCAACGGCCUUACUGGUUGAGUUGGAGGACAAGGUAGCUCAAGCAGCUGCCAACGUCCAGAACGCCCAGAGUGAGGUCUCCUACAUAGAGAACAGGAUUGCUGCCCUGAACGCUGCCGGCAUGCCAGUGGAUAAGAGAAGAAAGUCUGCAAUCCCAGUACAAGCAAGAAGACUCUCAUACAACUUUCCCACAAGCCAAUCUGACAGGUUUGUGAGAAACUCCUUCUACAGGGGCUCCCUGACACAGAGGAACCCAGUGGCUAAGCCCAAGACCAAGGCCACCUGUGCGAAACCGGUAAUGACGCAGGACUCAUGAGGAGGAGGCUGAGCAUUAUGUGAC